GGAGCGCAGGGGGAAUGAGGGAGUGUUUACGGGACAGAAACAGCCAACACGUUUCAGUUCCUGGACUCAAGAGUGAAUUAUUUUCAAGUAACCUUUCGCUUUGUGACCACAUUGCAGAUAGAUUAACUAAAGUCCGAUGCUGCGAAAGAACCUUUACCCAUGAUUGAAGUAACGAUUCCAUCGAUGGAGAGGGAAGUGGAUGACUCGGGAAAGUUAAGGAAGCUCUUCAGAGUUGACAUCUUGUUUAACGGGAGGAAACAUUAUGUGAUGAGAAGACACAGUGAAUUCCAUAAUCUCCACAGAAAACUUAGGAAGAUUAUUCAGACUCCUGAUUUUCCCAGCAAAAGAAACCCCCACCUGCGGACGAAGCCUCUGGAGCAAAGGAGGCAGGAGCUGGAAGACUACAUCCAGGAGAUCAUCUAUCAAAAUGAAGAUGUGCCACAGGUGCUGUUGGACUUCCUUCAUGUUAAACACUUCCACACAGGGAACAAGAUCAGCAGCCUAGAAUCACUUGAUGACUUGGACGGUGAGAGUUACAGUUACCAGUUAUCACAUCAGCGUGUGGUGGGAUAUUUUCAAGACCCUUAUCUCUCCGAAUGUGCAGCAGGUCUCCCAGAUGUUGUUGUGGAUGGAGUUCUCCAGGGCUUCUACCACCGGGACAUCAGGGUUAGCUUCACUGCCUCUACCAAAUCCAACCCCCACAGUCUGACUGAGCCCAGCGCCGGCACUUCAAUGCAGGACUAAAUUCAAAAGCUUGAAAAAAUAUACAACACAAUUACUGUAGGACUAGAAAAUGAAAAAGCCAUUGUUACACAAUAACGUGACAUAAAAGAAUAUUAUCACCUAAACCAUGUCGUGGAUGCUUUAAUUCAAACAUGAACCAUGAAUGCCUCAGUUUUUGUGUGAGUGGCCCCACGGGGAACCAGAGCCAUAACCCAGGCAUGUUUUGGCAUGCUGCAGCCACUGUUAUACACUAACACCCUCCCGACCUGUCACAGCACUUUGAAAAUCUCAUUUGAGGCCAAAUACCAAAACGCACCUUGAAAAGUCAAUAUUUUGCAGAUGUUCUGACAGUUGCUUCUCAUCAUUUUUAAUAGGUAGAAGAGGAGUGGUAAUUUACAAUCUUUUCUCACAGGAGUCAUUUUGACAUGAAAUGGUAAACACUGGUGUUAUUAAUGACAUUAAUGAAGGUUCAGUUUCAUUUAUGUCAAACGGAGCCAGGAUCCUGCUGUUCAUGCUGGUUCACUAGAAAGGCUCUGUUACACAAUUAAUGUCAGUAGUAACACCCAUGUUUACCCUGCUAUUUCAUGUCAAAAUGGCUGCUGUGAGAAAAAUAUAUACUGUAUUAGACAAAAUGCAUCGAUAUUCAACAGCUUUGGCAUGUUGGUGAAAGCUUAUUAGCUGAUGUAGCAACAAUAUGCAGCCAUAAGCCAAAAUGGGCUUAGUGAGAUACUCAUUUCUUUCAUUCUUUUUACUGAUAACUUCAUUCUUGUGAAUUUGAUUUUACAUUAGAGGGUGUGUAGAAGAGAGAAGGCCAUGGAGGGCAAUAGUUUCUUUUAAAGACUUUUGUGUUUACACUUUUAGUUUGUCAAAGGAGCAGGUGGUUGAUAAUUUCUUGGAGUGUUUCCAAAUGGACGCCAUAAAGUGUAGGCACUGACUGAGCAAGCAUUUGUAGUUUGUUAGAGAACUCAGUAAUCUAUUUAGUAAUAUUCUCAUUGAAAUUGAAAGUGUUAAGUCACAUGCAACCAUCCUUAAACCUCUCAUGCUAGAUCUUGGUGUGGGGAUGAAUGGUUCUCAGUAUUUUGAAGCAGCUUUUUUAACAAUGUGUGUUUAGUGUUGGCAUAUAGAAGUGCUCAAAAUUUUCUUUGUAUUGGGUUUGUUGUGUUGACUUGAUAAUAAAAAAAGAAAAACUGACUUGGCUUGUGUGAACUAUCCAUAUCAACUUUGCUGUUGAGACGGAAAUAAACA